UUCAAAGUCGUUAUCACCAGUAUCAUUUGUCAGGAUGACGUGCUCCCAAGUGGCGAUACUAUGCACAGUUGUGUGCUGCGCAUUGGCGUUCAAAGCAGCCGUGUACGAACAUGAUGUCAUCUUCCCACCACAAAGAUCACGUGUUUUGUCACGUGAUUCAGCACUCCAAGUGAUGGAAAAGAACCUUGAUGUUUACAAGGACCAAUGCGCACAGGCAGUUAAGCAGAAAGCCCAGAUCAUCGUAUUUCCCGAGUAUGGCCUAUACGGACUCGGGUGGACACGACAGACUCUCGUCCCGUACCUGGAGUUUAUACCAGACCCCCAUACGGUAUCCUGGAUCCCAUGCGAUGACCCAGCCCGGUACAACAACACUGAAGUACAAUAUCAGCUCAGUUGUAUGGCCAAGAACAGCUCCAUAUAUCUAGUGGUCAAUUUUGGGGCACGACAACCCUGCAGCGCCACAGUGCCCAACUGUCCAUCUGACGGAUACUUUCAAUUUAGUACAAAUCUAGUCUACGAUUCCCAAGGUAAAUUUGUUGCAAGAUAUUUCAAGCAGAAUCUUAACUCCGACGAAAUUUACUUCAACAGACCUGCCAUAACAAACUACACUGUGUUCACCACACCAUUUGGACGUUUUGCUACGUUUUCCUCCUACGAUAUAAUGUUCAAAGACCCGGCCAUAACGCUGAUAAAGUCAAUGAACAUAACUAACAUAGUCUACCCGGUAGCUUGGAAGAACGAACUGCCUCUCCUGGCUGCUAUUGAGAUUCAUUCUGCAUUUUCAGAAGGUAUGCACGUAAACCUGAUGGCGGCAAACUUGCAUGUGCUUUCUAAGGGUUACCAGGGGAGUGGAAUCUAUUGGCCCUCGGGUACUUCUAACAAUGAAAUUUACUAUAACAAUAUGAAACCAGGCAGUGGUGGAAAACUGCUGGUGCAAGAGCUAAGUGCACUGGAUACCGUUGUUGAAACCAAGACAACCAGGAAAGCAAAGAAACAAAGCACGCGACUCAAGACCGGUACUGGAGAUGCUCAAACUCGGGGCAAUGAAUUUAAAGCCAUGAUGAACCACGAUUUGUUCACAUUUGUGCCUUUGAGAACGGGAUACGGGCAUUAUAAAGUCUGCCAGAAUACGUUAUGUUGCGAGACCGCUUAUGAAGGAAUGUUCCAAAAUGCAUUGUAUGCUUUAGGUGCGUUCGAUGGAAUACAUACAUACAAUGGUAAAUAUCCCUUGCAGGCAUGCACCUUUGUGCCCUGUGUCAAUGGAUCUAUCUCAAGCUGUGGUCAGCCCUCCAUCAAGUCCAUUGGUUACAUGGACAAGAUGUCAUUCUUUGGAAACUUUUCCUCCACUCGGUACGUGUUACCGGAAGUGUUGGUAACCCUUGACAACUCUACAUUGGACAUUGUUGCGCGCACCUGGCUUUACCAGGAAUCAAUUAUCAUUGACGUAGGCGUACCAGGAUCACCCGUGUCUAUUUCAAUGUACGCGAUCGGCGGUCCGUAAACUAUGCUAAUUAAUCACACAAUAAAAAGAACGUUUCUUCAA